AUGGCAAAAGUCAACAUUGGCUCCGAAAUAAUUCCCCUCAAAACGAUUAAUAAUUCUGUCAAUGAUGAUAACAUUAAAGUUAUUACGGAAAAUAUAAAAAUAUGUCAGAUAAAAGUACAGGGAAUGACUUGUGCAUCAUGCGUUAGUAGUGUUGAAAAAAGUCUUCAGCUUGUUUCUGGUGUAAUAUCUGUCAAAGUUUCCUUACUUGCUGAACGAGCGACAGUUGAAUAUGACGCUGAUAAUUUAGAUGAAAGUCAAAUUGUAGAAAGGAUAAAUGACAUUGGGUUUGAAGCAGAAUCUUUAAAACAAAAAAGUGAAGACACAGUUGAACUAUUGAUAUUUGGCAUGCAAGAUCCCUCCAGUGUCGAUAUGAUCGAACAAGUAUUACUUAAAAAUUCGAAUAUCAUAAGCGUAUCAAUUAAUUUUGCCACAACAAUUGCAACAAUUCAGUUCAACAAAGAUAAAUUAGGAAUACGUGAUAUUGUCGGUAUGAUUGAAGAUAUGGGACUUAAUGCCUUGCUGUCCGACAAUAGUCAAAAAACACAACUAGAAUCUUUAGCACGUACAAGAGAAAUUACUGAAUGGCGAAAAGCAUUCUAUAAUUCACUCACUUUUGCCAUACCAGUAUUUAUAAUUUCAAUGAUUUUACCCGAGUUUGAAUGGGGAAUGAGUGUUGUAGAUUUCAAAUUAUUGCCUGGAAUUUAUAGCGGUCACAUUAUAGCGCUUUUAUUAACAAUUCCUGUACAAUUUGGUGUUGGAAAAAGAUUCUAUCUUACAAGUUUCAAAGCUCUUAAGCACGGGAAUGCUACCAUGGAUGUAUUGAUAGUUAUUGGUACAACAUCAGCAUUUACAUUUUCAUGUUUUGCCAUGUUAUAUGCUCUUCUAGAACGAACACAUCAGAAACCAUCUGUAUUUUUCGAUACAUCAACAAUGUUAAUCACUUUUGUAACUUUGGGUAGAUAUUUAGAAAAUAUGGCAAAAGGUAAAACAUCGGUAGCCUUAUCCAAGCUUAUAUCUCUUACACCAGCUUACACUAUCAUUUACGAAAAGGAUUCAGAGACUGGUGAAUUUACUGGCGAAAAAAAGAUUCCUACCGAAUUGAUACAAAUAGGUGACAUUGUUAAAGUAGUACCUGGUGAUAAAAUUCCCGCAGAUGGUGUUGUUAUCUCGGGUAAAUCAGCUGUUGAUGAAUCAAUGGUUACCGGUGAAGUCAAUCCAGUUAAUAAAAAUAAAGGUGAUAUGGUGAUUGGUGGAACUGUCAAUGGUUUGGGAACCAUUGAUAUAGAGGUUAAACGAUCUGGGAAUGAUACAGCUUUAUCACAAAUUGUAAAACUUGUUGAAGAAGCACAAACUUCGAAAGCUCCCAUACAAGAAUUUGCUGAUACAGUAGCCGGGUACUUUGUACCAGUGGUGAUAGUAUUAAGUUUAGUAACUUUUUUUGGUUGGAUGUUCUUAUCUCUAAUAUUAAAUCCUUUGCCAGAUAUUUUCAAACCAGACAGUAGUUAUUUCAUGGUGUGUCUUAAACUUUGCAUAUCUGUAAUAGUAGUAGCAUGCCCUUGUGCUUUAGGUCUUAGCACACCAACAGCAGUGAUGGUUGGAACAGGAGUUGGUGCACAGAAUGGAAUAUUAAUUAAAGGUGGUGGAGCUCUUGAAAUUGGACAUAAAGUGACAAAAGUUGUAUUUGACAAAACAGGGACUUUAACAAAGGGGCAAUUAGAUGUUGCGCAUUUUGAGAUAGUGUCUGACAAUUUAGAAAUAACUAAAGAAACAUUUUUUGCUAUCGUUGGUGCUGCUGAGUCAUCAAGUGAACAUCCACUUGGACGUGCUAUUGCUGAGUAUGGAAAACUGGUUUUAAAUAUUGAAAGUUACGAUGCUGAUGUUGUAGACUUUGAAGCUUUUGCAGGAUUAGGAAUUAAAUGUAGAGUUACCCUCAAAACUUCAUAUUCAGCUGUUUCUCCAUUAACAGAAACAACCAGUACAAUAUUGAAAUCAUAUGAUCUUUUAAUUGGAAAUGCAAGAUUUCUUUCGCAUCGCAACCAAAUUUCUAUACCAAAUUCUGUGACCAUUCUAAAAGAAACACAAGAACGACUUGGUCGUACGGCGGUUUUAGUUGCUAUCAAUCAAUCCUUUGCAGGAAUUAUAUCACUUUCAGACAUCAUUAAACCUGAAGCUAAAUUGGCAGUUAAAGCAUUAGGUAGUAUGGGUAUUUCUGUUGCAAUGGUCACCGGUGAUCAAUUAUUGACAGCACAAUCCAUAGCUAAACAAUGUGAUAUAACUGAAAUUCAUGCAGGAGUUUCACCAAAAGGCAAAACUAAAAUCAUCCGACAACUUCAACAAAAUGAACAAGGAAGAGUACCUAUGGUUGGUGAAGACACAAACAAUAAUAAUGAAUAUCAAGGCCCAAAGUAUAAAAGAGCAAUAGGAAGAAAUGUGGUGGCAAUGGUGGGUGAUGGUAUUAAUGAUUCACCAGCAUUGGCAGAAGCAGAUUUAGGGAUUGCAUUAUGUUCAGGUACAGAUAUAGCGAUGGAAGCAGCCGACAUAGUCUUAAUGAGAUCAGAUAUAAUGGAUGUAGUAGCAGCUAUUGAUUUAUCCAAAGUGAUAUUUCGCAGAAUAAAAAUGAACUUUCUAUGGGCAUGUUUAUAUAAUGUCUUGGGAAUACCAUUAGCAAUGGGAUUAUUUUUACCAUGGGGGCUGCAUCUGCAUCCUAUGAUGGCAGGAGCAGCAAUGGCAUGCUCAAGUGUUAGUGUUGUGUGUUCAAGUUUAUUGUUGAAAUGGUGGAAUAAGCCUGUUUGGGCUGAUAAUGGUAGUGGUGAAAUUAUCAAAUUAAAUCAUAGUGAUAUUGGACUAUUUACAAUUUUAUUGAAUAAAUUAAUACAAGGUCCAAAUAUUCAAACUAAAAAUAAUAGAAGUGGCUAUAGUCGUUUAGCUGUUGAUGACAAUGUAUAA